AUGAAAAUAUUAUAUUUACUUUUAGUUAUUUUUGCUUAUAAUGUAGCUUUAAUUAAAGCAUCUUCAUCUUCAUCAACUUCAUCAACUUCAUCUUCAUUCCCAGCUACAGAUAAUUUUGAUUGUGCUGGUCCAGAUGGUGUCUGUGGUUAUUUUUCUAAAUUUUGUAAAUCUGGUUAUACCUGCCAAAACUUUUUUAUCAAUAAUGAAACCAAUCUAUACCAAGGUGAAUGUUUACCAGCUUUACAGCUUGGAGAUGUAUGCAACUCUAUCGGAGAAUGUAGCAUUGGUUUAAAAUGUUCCCCAUUGCAUGAAGAGGGGUCAUCAAGCGAUGAGUUAUCAUAUUGUGUCGAUAUUGGAUAUGCAAGUGUAGGCGAAGAAUGUGAAAAAAAUGAACAAUGUUUGGGUUCAUUGAAAUGUAUAGAUUCAAAAUGCUCAAAUGUAGAUUGUUCCGAGAUUCACAAUUGUCCAAGUCAACAUUAUUGCAGUACUGGUAAAUGUACUUGGGAUACAGAUUGUGCAGAUAGUGAAAUCUCUGUUGAAUGUGCACCAGUUUCGCCAGUAGGUGGAUGGUGUUAUUAUGGUUAUGAAUGUAAUAUCAACUCAACAUGUGUAAAUGGUAAAUGUGUAGAAAAAUACUCAUUAAAAGAUGGUGAAGAUUGCACUAGUGUUUUCGGAUAUUCAAGCGAUGCAUGCGAAUCUUUAGAGGCUAUAUUUACCAAUAAUGACGAAACCCACGGAAUCAGUUGCAAAUGUGCCAAACCAAACUCAACUAUUUAUGGAAAUUGCACUCAAAACGGUUGUCCAACUCUUCAAUUCUGUAACACUAAAACUGACAUGUGCACACCAUACAUCUCAACCUCUCAAGAAUGUAAGAAUGCCAGAAUCGAAAGGGACCAAUGCUAUGUUGAAAACAACUGUAUCAUUUUAAACAGCGAACCAUUCGGAGAGUUCCAAUACAACAAAAAAUCUUGCCACAUGAAAUCUUGCGAAAAAGAAAGUUUAAAUUAUUAUAAUCAAUGUUAUAUGUUUAAAAAUAGAAUUUGUGACAAUCAAUAA